AUGAAUAUUUGGGACCUUGCCAAACAAAAACUAGUGGAAAACAAGCAGAGAGCCGCUGAAUUAGAGCAGAAAUUAGAUGAUGAGAAUGGAGUGGCCACUGAUAAUUAUUUGGCAGAAGUACGUCGAAGACAUGAAUCUCAUAUCAUUAUUGCCGGGAAUCGGAAAUGUGGAAAAUCUUCAUUCAUGUUGAAUUUCUUGGAGCGGAAGGAAGAUUUGAAGGAGUCUGUUGGAUUGGAAUUCACGUAUGCAAGGAGGACAAGAGGAAAUGUCAAAGAUGUCGCCAAUCUAUGGGAACUUGGGGGAGGCUCAUCUGUGACGGAACUUUUAUCCGUACCAAUUACAAUGAAGAAUGUGGAAACAUGUUCCCUAAUUGUCCUUCUCGAUAUGACAAAUCUCGACGAGGUGUGGAUUACAAUUGAGAAAACUGUUGACACUGUUCGCCGACUCGUCGAAAAUCUGGAAAAACAAGACAACAAUCUUCAAACAAGACUAGCUGAGAAAAUGCGUCUCCGUCUUGAAAAAUAUGAUUCUGGAAGUUUGAAAAUGUGUACUCCAUGUCCAAUACCAAUGACUAUUGUUGCUACGAAAUACGAUGAAUUUCAAAAUUUUGAAUCUGAAAAACGACGACAUUUGUGCCAAUUUCUACGGUUUCUUGCAUAUUCAUAUGGUGCAAAUCUAAUGAUGUACUCGUCUAGAAUGGAACAAUUUCCGAAAUUAGUGAAGAACAUGAUUAGUCAUUUUGCUUUUGGAACAGUUUGUCCGCAAGGAUAUAUUACGGAUCACAACAAGCCAAUGUUCAUAAAAUGUGGAUUUGAUAAUUUAGAGUCAAUUGGAAUACCACCAGGAUCUGAAAACUUUAUGGGAGCAUCCUCUCCAUUCAACCUGUGGAAAGAAUCAUUCAUUAGCAUUUGGCCUCAAAAGACCGGAAACCUUGACGUGGAAGACACCAAAAAACAAGAUCCAAUGAUUGAUCCGGUUUUCAAAGAGCCAAAUAUCGACAAUCUGGUGGAAAUAAAACGAAAAGAGUUGGAAAAUCAUAUAAGAUCAAAAAGAGAUCGAGAGGCUGCAGAGGCUCGUGCUGCGGAGAGAAUUGCGAAAAUCAACCUGCGAUAA